GCUCGGGGGGUGGUCCCGGGCACAUCUGCUGGGGUCCCGCAGUACCCGUGGCACCGAAGGCAGGCGGGUUCAGGGGCGGCGGAGCAGCGAGGCGGUGCGGGAGGAGCCCCAGGACCCCCGCCCUGACUUCCCUCUGGAUGUGGCUCUGGCAGGAAGGCGACUCUGUGCACUUGGACUGUUGGCCGGCAUCAGCCUCCCAGCUCCGUCUGUCUGUCUUUACGUCUGUCUCACCGUGCCUUGCUUGGCACUGCAGAGACAAAUUGAGAGGGAGAGACUGAGAGAUACCUGCAGCGCUGCACACUGCUUGGAAAACUCCCUCACCCUUCCGCCCCAUAGCAGUUUUGCGACUGGGUCUCCUGUGCAGCAACCCCACGAAGCCAGCAAGAUGGCUGCGAACAAGAGCAAGAGCCAGAGCUCCCUAGCCCUUCACAAGGUGAUCAUGGUGGGCAGUGGAGGGGUUGGCAAGUCCGCGCUGACCCUGCAGUUCAUGUACGAUGAGUUUGUAGAAGACUAUGAGCCUACCAAAGCUGACAGCUAUAGAAAGAAAGUGGUCCUCGAUGGAGAAGAAGUCCAGAUAGAUAUUCUGGACACUGCUGGACAAGAGGACUAUGCGGCCAUCAGAGACAACUACUUCCGCAGCGGGGAAGGCUUUCUCUUGGUGUUCUCCAUCACAGAGCACGAGUCCUUUACAGCAACUGCUGAGUUCAGGGAACAGAUCCUCCGAGUUAAGGCUGAAGAAGACAAAAUUCCGUUGCUGGUUGUGGGGAACAAGUCUGACCUGGAGGAGCGGAGGCAGGUGCCUGUGGAGGAGGCGAGGAGUAAGGCCGAGGAGUGGGGCGUGCAGUACGUAGAGACCUCGGCCAAGACGCGAGCCAACGUGGACAAGGUAUUCUUUGACCUCAUGAGAGAAAUCAGAGCAAAGAAGAUGUCAGAAAACAAAGACAAAAAUGGCAAGAAAAGCAGCAAGAGCAAGAAGAGCUUUAAAGAGAGAUGCUGCCUGCUGUGACGGCCCAGCCGUUGGAUGAAGCCGGUGCCCUCAGGACUCAGGGUGGGCAGUUCUCUAAGACAAGACUGGCUGCCUCCUGGGUCUGUCCUGCUCUUCCCAACCUCACUCACACAAAUGUCUUUAAACGGGGGGGGGGGGGGGGGGGGGGGGGAAGACUGCCUGUGAAUCAGUGACUGGCACAAGGAGUAAGCCCUUGCUCAAGCAGUGGGGCGGCUACUUCACCAGGAGAGCAUCUCGGGUUUCCCUCCUCCCUCCCUCCCUCCCUCCCUCCCUUCUUUCUUUCCUUCCUCCCUCUGUUCCUUUUUCCCUUCCUUCCUUCCUUCCUUCCUUCCUCCCUCUCUCCCUCCCUCCCUCCCUCCCUUCUUCCCUUCCUUCCUUCCUUCCUUCCUUCCUUCCUUCCUUCCUUCCUUCCUUCCUUCCUGUUCCAAACUUCACCAGGUAGAUAGUGCUGCAGGUAGGGACUAAUCAGGUGUGAAUCAGAAAGGAAAAGUACUGUCAUAGUUGACUCUUGUCCUAGUUUUAUAACGUCAUCUUUUUUUUUUUGAAAAAAAAAUAUCUUUUUUUUGUCUUUGCCUUAUCAGUUGAGUAGCAGUACUGAUAAAAAUCCAUUAAAUGCUAAUGACACUGGGAAAAAAAAAGUUGAGCUUUUUGGAAACUUGGAGAUACCCUGUGGAUCUGAAGCUCAUCCGGACACCAUUAAUUUGAAUUGGGUUAAGUAGGACUCAGUGAGGCUGCUAGCUUCUCGUUCUUGUGUGGAAAGUGACGGUUGCAAGUGACUUUAUAUUUACGUGUUGGCAGUUUGUAGGCUGCAUUUGCUGUUUUUCUCUUGCAGUAUCCUGAUUUUUUUUUAUUUUUAUGUGUGCACUUUUUAGGAGCUACUUUUUAGUAGGCUAAGUGAAGAUUCCGGGGUAGGAUACUUUAUAAAUGAUGAUUUUCUAAUCAGAUUCUUAAAAGUUUUUUGAAUGCAUCCUCCUCCACUUGCCAGUUGCCCUGCGCAGAGGGCGAGUGAGCCUGUCCCUUGGCCACUUCAAGCAUAUCAGGAUGUCUGCAGCUUGUCGGGAGCUAACACUGCAUCCCGAAACCAGGAAGCCGGAGCCCGAGCCAGAUAUUCUGCUACCUCCAGAGAAUUUUUCUCAGUAUUUCUAAAUGUAAAGUUAGAUGUGGAAAAAGGACACGAACCAUUACCCUUACCUCCAACAACUGGCUACUGUUUCUAACAGUCCUCCCCCCCCUCCUGACAGCCAAAUAGUUAUAAGAAGAUUGUUUUAUGGGUGAGAUCUUAUUAGCCAUUCUUAAAUUGGUAUUCUGAACUCAGCAGUUGGAAAGGAAUAGCAUGGUGGAAAGUUAGCUUCAUACUCCCCAGUUUUCCGCAGUGACAUUUACAUAGACUUGCUAGAUGUGAACUGGGGUGGGUGGGGAGGAGCGGGAACCUUUUGAGUUUAUGGUUAUCACUAAAACUGUUCUUAAAAAAUCAUGUUUUGAUUAGAAAACCAUCUCCUAUCAUCUCCCAGAGAAUCAUGGACUUCUGUGAAUACAAAAAGAGCUGACAAAUACCCUUUUUUUCAGAAUGUCAGACUUUUGCUCUUACCUUUUAGACCUAUGUAUGCAAUGCACUUACUAAGGAAACAAGCACUGUUCACCAUCCUCCUUAGAUGAUCUGUAACCUCAGGUAAACCUUAUUCUGCUUAAUCCUUUCUGUAAGAGACCAGAUGAUAAAUGUAAACAGUAUUUUUAUCUUAAUUCUUCCUUUGGGAGAGAUGAAUAUUCUUCUUAAAUUUUUUUAAAAAAUAGAAGAAAAUCAUACUUUUGAUUUUUUUUUUUUUAAAACAACCUUUUAGUUUUCAUCCUAGCUUGCCAUCUGUUUGAUAUAUCAUUUCUGGUCAAGAGUAGGUUGAUUUGGAAUAUGUACAAAUAAAGAUUGUAUAAAUUGUUUCAUGCUAUGGAAAUUAUUCUUGGUCUAUGCUAUUAGUAUUUUUCAUAUAUAUAUAUAUUAUUGAACAAAGACAGAAGUGGAGAGAGAAGGAGGACACAGAGAGGGAGAGACAGAGAGACACCUGCAUCACUGUUUCACUGCUCAAUAAACUUUCCUUCUGCAGGUGGGGACCGGGGUCUUGAACCUGAGUCUUUUCACAUUGUAAUAUAGGCCCUCAACCAAAUGCACCGCUGCCCGGCCCCUUGCUGUUCGUAUAUUUCUAAAACUAUAUUUAACUGUUUAUCAGUUAGGAAUGGGUCUACCUAACAGAAUAAUUUAUAUAUGGAGGUUUCUAUAAAAAAAUUAGGAGCAAAUGUUAUUUCUAAGUUUGAAACAUGGUUACUUGCUAAAUGAUAUAGUGUCCAUGGGCGAGUAUUCUUCUUCUCCUUUUCCUUCUCCUCCUCCUCCUCCUUCUUCUUCUCAUGACAUAGUGAUUUAUAAGAUUAUAAGAAAAUGGGUGUGGUCCCAUACUCCUUCCACCACCAAAGCUCUCCCACCAAUCUCCAAAGAUACCCACCAAAGUUCUCCCAGUUUCAGAUGAGCCUUGUUUUUCUAAAGCCUUUAUUCUAGACAUAUCUACUUGGUGUCAGGUUCUGUUCUGGGUGCUGGGGAUGUGGUGUUGAGCAAGAUUUUAAACAAAGCACUGCUCAACUCUGGUGCUGGGGAUUAAGCCAAGCUCCUCAGAGCCUCAGGCAGGAAAGCCAUUUUUCAAAACCACUAUACUAUCUCCCUGGCCCAAUAUCAUUUCUUACAAGUGUUCUAUCUCACCAAAUCUAAGCUACUGUUGAUUAUAUAAUAUCACUGUAAUUUAUGUAUCAAGAAUAAAAUGCUUCCAAUGAA